GUCAAUUACUCAGUCUUAAUCAAUUGUCGGUAUUGUAGGAAAGUGCUUUGUCUAGGAAUCGUCCUAUGUUUGUUUCCUAUCCCUAUCUCUCUCUGAUCUGUAGGUGAGGUACAGAGGAUCUGCCUGGGUUGGUUCUAUAGCCCUAGUGGCGCUUUGCCGACCUAACGGCUAUGGCACUGUAUGCGACGCAACUACUAACGGCACGGAUGAUAGAUUAUACAAAAUGGCGAUAACUAAAGUUUCCGAGAUAGAUCACAGUAGUCUCCUCAGAACUUUGAAAAUUAUAAGAGAUUUAGAUAAUAUAGAGAGCUGGACGAAGAACAAACGCUUCUCAUUUUUCCGAAAAAAUCUGAAGCAGAGUCAUAUGUAGUAGGAACAAAAGAGAACUUUCGAAAUUGUUAAAAUUAAGUAUAAGGAACAGACUUCCGUUUCCGGCGACGCGGUGAGAAGGUGUUACAGUGACAGUAUACAAAAGGCAAACGGUGUGCGGUGUAAGAGACGGGUAAACGGGCAGAGAAAAUAUAGUGCUAGAAGAAGGAAGGAAUAGGGAACAAAGAGAAUAAAUCAGCGUAAAUAGGUAGGGUAUGGAGGGUGAGCUAAAAGGGAGACAGGAAAGGAGACAGAGAGUGAGGUUAGGAGUGCAGAGGGACUGGGAAAGCAGGUAGCAAGGAAGAAGGACAGACAGGUGGAGACAGAAGGUAAGGAAGGAAACAAGUUAGGUUGAUAGGAUAGAUAGAAAGGUAGAGGGCAGGCGGUCAGAAUAGCGUGGGCCGGUAAGGAAGGAAGUAACGGGAGCAGGUAAGGAAGGAAGCGGUUAUGGAAGAAGAGGGCAGGGACCUGAAAAGGAAUUUAACGCUUGAGAAAGUACGGAUAGGGAGGACAGCAAGUGAGGGAGAUCUGGUGGGAGCAAAUGUGAGGGGAAAAAGGAAAGAAAGGGAGGCAGAAGGAGAGAAGAGGCAGACGAGGGAGUUGGAAGAGGCGGAGGUUUUCAAGAGGAGUAGGAAAGUGGAAAGAUGACCGACAAAGGAGGCAGGAACAAAAGGAAUGGAAGAAAUGAUGAGGAGGAUGGAAGAUGUAAUGAGAUCGGAGUGUGAAAGAAUAAGAGAGAGGGUAGAAGAGCUAGCGAGUGAAGGGAGGAAGGAGUGAGGGGAGAUGAGGAAACAAUGGGAAGAAGAGAGAGUUGAGAUGAGGCAAAGGAUUCAGGAGCUAGAGAGAAAAGUGGAAGGUCUAGAAAAGGAUAGACUGGAAAAGCAGGAAAAGGAGAGAAAUGGGGUAAAUGGAGAAGAGAGGGUAGAGACAGGGGGAAGAAGAAAAGGACUAGAGGAAAAAAUGAUGAGAGAUCUGGAGGUUAGAUUGGAUAGGAGAGAACGGGAAAUAAAAAAGAACAACAUUGUGAUAAAAGGAGUGAAAACGGGAGAAGGGGAAGAAUACAUAAAGGAGGUAGACAGGAUCUGGGAGAUAAUAGGAGUCGUAGAAGGUAGAAAGAAGAUAAGAAGAGUAGGAGAACAGGACAGGGAAGGAAGGGGAGUAGUAUGGGUGGAGCUAGAAGGGCCGGAUAAGAAAAGGGAGGUAAUGAGGGCAAAGAGUAAGCUGAAGGGAGAAAGAGAAAGGAUAGAGGAUGACCUGACGGUGGAGGAAAGGAGAGUAAAGUGGAAGAUGGAGAGAGAUGUUCAGAAAGAAAGGGCACAGGGAAACAGGGUGCGAAAAGGGUACAUGAAAAUGUGGGUGAAUGGGGUGAUGAAGAUGUGGGACGAGGUAGGGGAGGAUUGGGCGGCGAAGACGGGAAAGCGGUGGAAAAGGAGAAAGGGGGAAAGAGGAUAUUAAAGAUGAGGAAAGAAAGGGAAAAGGAGAAGGAAGUGUAUAAGGUGGGGUUCUGGAAUGGAACGUGGCGUCAGGACGACAGAUUACAAAAGCCCCGCGCGAGAAAUGAGUCCUUCUUCCGUGCUCGGGCGAUAGCGGAGCUAUCGGAUAAUAGCGAAUUGCGAUUAUCGGGAUCUCUCGCAAAGAACCAUGGCUCCCGGGUUUUUUUUUGUAUGGUCUAGUGCCAGUGCGUGGCCGACUGGGUGAAAUUCCCAGUGUUUGAUGGACACCCUCGUGGAGCCGGGUGCGGCACCACGAUUUGGAUUUGGUACGGGACUGAUGGGACAGCCAGUUCUCGAGCUUUACUAUUCGCACUCGCCUACCUCCUCUAUCGUCAUGGGCAAAUCUACAUUCUACACCACGAGCACGAAGCGGACCGUCAACGAGACUUUCUGAACUACCGGACGAGCGAUCGACAGAGGCUGGACCAAGCUGCUGUUCGUUCCGGAGGAUUUCCAUGGAGCAAAGGAGACUCGGGUUGGAAUCCCUCUAAUACUUCUGCCGGCCACCCAUACGGGCCGCCAAAAAGCUCCCUCGGCACUCGUGCCGUCGAUAGGAGAAAACGUCAUAUCCUCUAUCGUGCCGGUCAGUCGCAAACCGCCCACUGGCGCUCCCGUUAUCAGUGGCCCCCGGAGAAGAUACCAGGGGCCACUUCUCGCUGGAUCCUGCCGCUCGCCCUGAGGACUCUCGAUUGACCGCAUUAAGGACUCCUGCACUCAGCUUGGCCCGCUCUGCCAAUCUUCGGACUCU